GACUCUUCUUACCAUAGUUCUUGAUGACUCCUGAUUUUGAUCCAUAUAUCAAUUUCAAGCUUUCCUCUGCCAUAUUUCAGGAACUCAACAAUGAACAAGUCUCACAGCUUGAUUUCAUUGGGGACAUUAAAAAUGAGUCCCUUAGCUUUACUUCUCUUCUUUCUUUUCACUUUGUUCCACCUUCCCACUCCCAACCAUGCCCAACUUAUAGACUGUACCUCCAGUGCUGAAUACUGCUGGAAUUGCAGUUCCAACGUUGGAAACUACUCUGCUAAUAGCUUCUACCAAAGAAACCUCAACAGUCUCUUGCUCUCUUUCCCUUCUGUGACACUGCCACCAAACAGCAUCGGAUUUUACAACUUGUCAUCGCCACAAGUGUUCAACAAAGUAAACGUAAUCGCGCUAUGCAGGGGAGACCUUGAUUCCGCCGGUUGCCUGGCUUGCUUAAAUACCACAAGUCGCAUGAUCUUGGAACAGUGUCCAAGUCAGAUGGAAGCAAUCUUAUGGGGCGAGAAAUGUAUGGUACGGUACUCGAACAGGUCUAUAUCUCAAGUCCUAGAGGAAGAACCCAGUCGAAAUUUGCCAAGCCCGAAUCCUGUACCAGACGCUGAAGCGUUUAAAAACGUGUUAAAGCCUCUGCUUGACAAGUUAAUAAACGAAUCUAGUUCUGAUGUAAAGAAGUACGGAACAGGAAAUGCCAAGGUCCCUGACGCUCAGCCAAUAUAUGCCCUGGCUCAAUGCACACCCGAUGUGACCGAGAAGGAAUGUAGAGCUUGCUUACUAGACUCUAGUUUAAGGCUCCCAGGUUGUUGCGCUGGAGUGGAUGGUGCCAGAAUUCUUAAACCCAGCUGUAAUCUCAGGUUCGAGUCCGGACAGUUUUACGACAGUACGGCACCUGAAGAUAGUGGUGUAUGUACAGCCGACGCCGAAUAUUGCUGGAAAUGUUUAGCCGUUGAAAACGACACUGGAAUCAACAUUUUCAUGCGAAAUGUCAAUGAACUACUGUCUUCUUUCUCUUCUGAUAAAACCCGAAGUGUUUACGGGUUUUUCAAUUCAUCUAUGGGAGAAAACUCGAAUAAAGUCAACGCUAUUGCACUCUGCAGAGGAGACCUUUCACCAGAAAAUUGUCGGAGUUGCUUAAGUGGCUCUAGCCAAAAAAUCUUGGGCAAGUGUCCAAAUAGGAGAGAGGCGAUCCUCUGGGACGAGCGUUGUAUGGUACGGUACUCCAACAACUCAAUAUUCUCCGUGAGACAAGAUGACCCUAGGAUGUAUAUCCCGAACCCAAAUAACGUUUGGGAGGCCAAUCUGUUUAGGCUUACGCUUAAACCGUUGUUGGAUAACAUAAUUAGCAAAGCUGCUUUGGGUGAUUCUUUAAAGAAGUAUGGUUCUGGGCAAGCCACUGUUCCAGGAUACGAAACCAUAUAUGCCGCCGCGCAGUGUACUCCUGAUUUGGACAAAGACAAGUGUAGCGGUUGCUUAAACGAGGCUGCCUUAUUCAUUCCCCAACAGUUUGAUGGAAAGCAAGGUGGGAGGAUUCUUAAACCCAGUUGUAACGUAAGGUUCGAAGUGAGUCCAUUCUUUAAUGGUACAGCUGAUCCUGAUCAGCGCCCGGUGUCGCCUAAUUUAUCUGAAGGAAAAAGUAAUAGAACACGAAAGGUUGCUAUAGCUGUUGUUAUUCCUUCUGUUGCAGUUGUGAUAAUUAUCAUUAUGGUAUGCAUUUUCUUAAAGUUGACGAGGAAGCCAAGUGAAAAUAUUGAAACUAAAGCUGCAGAGGACAUCAGCUGGGAUGAUUCUUUGCAAUUAGACUUCGACACUAUAAGGAAGGCAACCGAUGAAUUUUCUGAUGAAAACAAACUUGGAGAAGGUGGAUUUGGAGCCGUUUACAAGGGUAGACUAUCUAAUGGACAAUAUAUAGCAGUAAAAAGGCUCUCCAAGACUUCUGGACAGGGUGAUGAAGAAUUUAAAAAUGAAGUUAAGCUUGUUGCCAAACUUCAACACCGCAAUUUAGUUCGACUUCUAGGCUUCUGCUUAGAUGAAAAAGAAAGACUUCUUGUUUAUGAAUACGUAGCCAAUUCAAGUCUUGAUCGAUUCAUAUUUGAUCCAACCAAGCGUGCAGAAUUGGAUUGGGAUAUACGUUACAGAAUAAUUCAAGGCAUUGUUCGUGGUCUUCUUUACCUUCACGAGGACUCUCGUCUAAGAAUUAUUCAUCGCGAUCUCAAGGCUAGUAAUAUUUUGUUAGAUGAGGAAAUGAACCCCAAGAUAGCAGAUUUUGGAAUGGCAAGGUUAUUUGUGUACGAUCAAACACAAGACAAAACUAAUCGGAUUGUGGGGACCUACGGAUAUAUGGCUCCAGAGUAUGCACUUCAUGGACAAUUUUCUGUCAAAUCUGAUGUAUAUAGUUUUGGAGUAUUACUAUUAGAGAUUGUGAAAGGAGAGAAGAAUAGUAGUUUUCAAAAUGAAGAGGAAAUGGAGGACCUUAUAACCUACGCAUGGAGAAAUUGGAAGGAGGGGAUACCUACAAAUCUUAUAGACCCAAAAAUUAUAUUGGGUUCAAGAUCUGAGAUACUGAGAUGCAUACACAUUGGAUUAUUGUGUGUUCAAGAAAAUGUAGCAGACAGACCAACCGUGAACUCAAUUGUUCUCAUGCUAAAUAGUCAAUCGGUUACACUUGGAGUCCCUUCUAAACCUGCAUUUUUCAUGCAUAGUACUUUUGGACCAGAGAUGACGUUAUCCUCUAAUAAUAGUAACCCAGGAGUGUCUAAAUCAGACGGUUCCAAGAGUGACUCUGCUAAAGCAUCAUAAAUGAGGUCUCAAUUACUGAACUCGGCCCUCGCUAGUCAACAAACUAUAAUAUUGAAAAUGGUUUAUGUCCUCUUAAUGUUUUUGGUAAGGUCCUAAUUUGUACAAGUGGGCACGGUCGUAUAUUGCGUUUAAGUGCAUCCGUAGUGUGUAGUUAAAUCUGAAUGUAUAACUUUACAUGCUUUAUAUAAAAUAUCAAAUUGCUCUA